GCGACUGUAUCUACGCAAUCAGACACGCUACUCUGGCUGAGAUCGAAAAGUAGCAGGAGCAGGAGCAGUAGUAGGAGUAGGAGUAGGAGGAAAGGGGAGAAGAAGGAGGAAGAGUAGGAGGAGUCGGAGGGGCAGGAGUUCCUGUACCAGGAGUCGGAGCGACCGGAGCUGCUAAGGUCCUACUCCGAGCAAAAUAUCAGACAUUCAUGGCUAUCCAGAAGACGCCGAUAUCGUUUUUCGACUAUUCAGCGGCAAAAGCCACGCCAAGUUCUUCGCGGGGAGAAAAGACAUCAUAUGCAGCAAUUGGCACGACUUUGAUGUUAGUGAACUCCAAGGAGCGAAGGGAGCUGAAUCACAUUUCAUUGGUGGCUCGAUACCCACGAAUUAUAUCUCUAUCAGUACAUCUCCUCGGCGAAUGUGGAACCUGUUUAUUAAACAUCAGUACAUAUCUAAUCGCAAAAUCGCUGUAAUUGACCUACGGGUGUUGAGACGUCUCGGAAUCGGCUCUGGCAGUAGUACAGAAGAUUUUGGCUUCCGACACCACAACAAAAGAACGGGGACUGGGACACCAUAUGCUACUAAGCAUCAUAUCCUAGUCUUGGGAUGGCUUCCUCCUCAGUGUAUUCUUGGAUUCUUAUCCAUUGGACACUUUGAGAAGUUACUCGCUCGGUCCCACAUCAAUAACUCUCGUUCAGGAUAUGUGCCACUCUCUGAGUACGAUAAAAUAAUUACCUUCUCUUCAAUGUCGCACUACCUUCCCGAAGCAGCAGCUUUGUCUGCAUUGCAGGGUGAGGAAAGUGUUGGUUGUGCUGGGAACUGAAUCAAUUCUUGGAUUAUCUUCUGUCACGAGCAUCUGCCGCCUUGUUUCAGUAUUAGGAUAAUCAGCAAGUUGGUGAAAUCAUCUUGAAUUGUGGAAUCAAGGAACAUAGAAUGGGUAAUGUUGGUUAAAAGCUAUCAAUGUGGCAACGUCAUAUGUCAGAGAUGGUGGUCCUACCUGGCACUGGCAAAGGCUCUUAUCCUUGUAAGUUAUGCACACGAAUCUUGCCUGAUCAUUAAAUACACAUGAGAGAUCAAUCACAAUAGCCUAGUGUUACGGAUAGAAUAGUCAGGUGGUGAGUAAGAAGUGUGUUUUGUAAGAGAUAUUCAUUCAUAAUUCAGGUGGAAACAGCUAAAAGAAGAUCAACUCCUCUGAACGCCUGUCGAUAUGGUGGGAAUCUAAUGAGGUGAAGUUGCUCAAGACUCAUGAUGGCAAGACUUUCUCAGUCCCACAAGCUUUGAAUCGCGAAAUGCAUUCGUGGACAUCCUUCAAGUGUCUGGAGUCUCGCUGACUUGAGGGGCUUGGAUGAUAGCAGGCCAUUGUUGAUUCCAUGGGUAUGGAAUGGUAUUAUCAUGGAGAUAAUCAUGUUCGGAUCGAACCUUAAUCUUCCGCUGGGUAUGUAUAACGAUAGUAGGUACUGGUUGCUCUGACAGCUGGACAGGUUGUCCCAUCUUAAACAGCUUUUGCAGAGCUUCGCACGCUUCUUUGCAGUUUUGGACUGGCCUGGGCUCUAUGUGAUAGUAUUUGCUAUCUGUGAGAUGUACUGUUUUUAAACCCGUAAAGAAUUUGAAGAUGUUGACAG